UCAAGAAGUUCAAGCCAAACCAGAACUCCCAACCAUCUCAGUCAUUCAAGCCUAGACAAUCAGGGGGGCAGUCCUCUUCAUCAUCGCGUCCUGCGGGAUCUCAGUUCUUGCGCCCAGUUCCAGGACAGGGAUUGAUUUGCUUCAAGGAUGGGAAGCCUCGCCAUUCUUCAGAGUGUACUUUCUCUGGAGCAUAUCGCACUUGCGGCAAGGAGGGACACAUGGCUGUUGUUUGCAAAAGGAACCCAGAUUCUAUUAUCAAGUGGCAGAAGUCUAAUUCAGCAUCAUCUGCAGCUAGCUCUCGAGGUUCAGCUCCUUCAGUUGGUGCUCCACAUGGUGCGGUUCAUAUGAUGGCAAGUGCUCCUCCAGCCCCCUAUCAGCAGUUCCCACAGCAGUAUGUGCCAGGUUACUACUGGACUCCAUCCCAGUCACCUGCACCCCCUGUUCCUCUUCAGUUGACUACGCCACCUGCACCACCUCAGUUAUCCGCUCCAUCCUUUGUUCCACCACCUCAUCAGAUCGGGGCAGCUACUUCACACCCCAGUGGAGUUUACACCAUGCCUACUUCUGCCUCACUGGGUCGUCCUGAUGUAGUCUCAGGUUUGCAGAGUUCUAGUGGCGAGCGCGUAGCACCGGGUUCUCGCCAAGGUUAAGGCAAAUGCAUGACGGACAGUGUGUUGGCAAGUUGCUUGCCAUUCCUUUUCUUAUGAUUUCCAAUUGUUUUAUCGCAUGUUUAUGAUAUUUAAGUCCAUGAGUUGUUCAUGUUUCAUGAUUCAAGUUUUAAGCUAUUUCUUAAAUUCUAUUCAUGUUCCGGUGGAUGCGGAUGUGCAAUUUGGUUCUUUUAUUCAUGUUCCUAUGAGUAAGUGCUGGCCCCAUUUGCUCGGCUUUACCGGUAAAUGCUAAAGAUGUUUCAGGUUGUGUCCGUUUCAGACGGAAACUACUAUUUCAUGGUUUUUCAUUUGUUCAUGGUUCAUGUACGUUCUUUUCGGUUCUAAUUGUACUUGCUGAGUAUUGGUACUCACCCUUGUGUUUUUAUUACUUUUUGGUAGCCUCCGGAUUGUGGAGACAUCCGGGGUGUUACAGAGUCACUGGACAUGCCAGUUUUAUGUAGCCCAUUUGAUAUCUUUUUAUCUGAGAAUC